CGAGGAGCUCACACCUGGUUCAGAGGGUAAGGAAGAUUGUGGCAUUUGGGUUGAGAGAAUGGAAGGAGAGGGCAUUCCAGGGGUCAAAAAGGGCCUGAAUAAGAACUCCUCAAGGAGUAAUCCUGGUGUUUCUUUGGGAGAGAAUAGAUCCCUUUGGCUGGAGUUCAAGGUGGAUGUCAGGAAGCAAGGGGAAAGGAGGCUUGGGAGGCAGUUGCCAUCUUGAAAAGAGCUCAGCUCUUGGGUAGAAUUUGAACAAGUCACAUAAUGACUCCCAGCCUCAGUUUCCUCAUCUGUUAGAUGAGGAUAAUACCUGCCACACAGAGUAUGAAGCCAAUCAGUGUCCUGCACAUAGCAACUUCAGUAAAGAGAAGCUGGCUGCUGUGAUUAUAGUUGAUGAAAGGACCUUCGAUGCUGAAGGACAGACUACUACAACGAGUGCCAGGUACAUUUAAAACAGAGCAAGCACCGCAAGGACCUGGAGAUCUGCUGGCUUUAGAGAGCAGUCUUGGCGCGCAGAGGCUGCUGGUCCCAGAGGGCGGAAGGGCGUAAAUCUGGGUAGCCUCCCAGGAGGAGGCGGGCCGUGGCCGACACAGGACAGCGAGAGCGCGCGGUGCCGGGGCCAGAGCGGCGCGCCCCCUCCUCUGCGCCGCGCCCGGAACCUUGGGCGCGCGGAACCUCGGUGCCCGAGCGCGGGAGCGGCGCACUCGGAGAGGGAUGGAGCGGGCGCGCGGGCCGCGGGCAGAGGCCGACGCGCCUGAGGAGGAGGAGGCGGGGGCCGCCAUGGCUGCUGUGGUGGUGGCGGCUGCUGGUGGCGCGGGACCGGCGGUCUUGCAGGUGGCUGGCCUCUACCGGGGCUUGUGCGCGGUGCGCAGCCGCGCCCUGGGCCUGGGGCUCGUGUCACCCGCGCAGCUGCGCGUGUUCUCAGUGCGCCGCGGCUCCGGCCGGCCCGAGGGGGGCGCCGACGGCAGCGGAGUAGUGGCCGAGGCCGAGCUCCAGGCCAACCCCUUCUACGACCGCUACCGCGACAAGAUCCAGCAGCUGCGCAGGUCUGACCCAGCUGCUUUUGAGUCCCGACUGGAGAAACGCAGUGAAUUUCUGAAGCAGCCAGUGGGGCAUUCCAGGCAAGGUGAUUUUAUCAAAUGUGUGGAGCAGAAGACAGAUGCCUUGGGGAAACAGUCUGUGAGCAGAGGAUUCACUAAGGACAAGACUCUCAGUUCAAUCUUUAACAUUGAGAUGGUAAAAGAGAAAACUGCAGAAGAAAUAAAACAGAAGGAUGCAUUUGCUUCCCCUUCUACCGUGAUUAUUUGGCAGCAGUAUUUUGCAGCAAAAGAUACAGUCUACGCAGUUAUUCCUGAAGAAAAGUUUGAUUUGAUCUGGAACCGAGCUCAGUCGUGUCCAACGUUUCUGUGUGCUCUGCCAAGAAGGGAAGGUUAUGAGUUCUUUGUAGGACAAUGGACAGGUACUGAACUCCACUUCACUGCACUUAUAAAUAUUCAGACCCGAGGGGAAGCUGCAGCCAGCCAGCUGAUUUUAUAUCACUAUCCUGAACUUAAGGAAGAAAAGGGCAUAGUGCUGAUGACUGCAGAAAUGGAUUCCACAUUUCUGAAUGUUGCUGAGGCACAGUGCAUCGCCAACCAAGUUCAGCUCUUCUAUGCUACUGACCGGAAAGAGACGUACGGGUUAGUGGAGACCUUUAACCUCAGACCAAAUGAGUUCAAAUAUAUGUCUGUCAUCGCUGAAUUGGAGCAAAGUGGACUUGGAGCAGAACUGAAAUGUGCCCAGAACCAAAAUAAGAUUUAGAAGUGUACAGGUUGGCCCUUUACCAUAGUCCAAAAAAAAAGGACUAUGAAAAAUGAUGGAGAAUGACUUCUAUCAAGCCAUAAAAGGUUGUAGCUUCGCUCUUGCUAGUUGGCUUAGUCCUUGAUAGUCUAGAGCCCACCCACUCCUCAAGAACUUAAGAGCUCAGCAUCUAUAAUGAGCAGUUGGUAAUAAGUUGCUCAUUAUAGUGCUUAUUGCAAGCAAUCAUGGAGAUGAGCCCUAUUACUUGAUAUUCAGGAAUUAAGGUACCCAAACAUUCUGAUAAGUAUCUCAGCAUACUUGAGGUUUCCUUUUUUAAGUGUUUGAAGUUACAACAGGUAACCAAGGACAUGUAAAACAGUUGACCUGAUUUUGCACCGUGUAAUAGUGCAGUUGCAUUCUGGCCAUUUUGACCUUAUAGCUCCCAGAUGAUGAGUUUGUCAUCUUUAUAAACUCAUGACAGGAUAAUAAGCUUGAAGACCUGCUGUAGUUAGAUACGAGCUUUAAUGCUUCCCAUGCACCAAUCAACUGGACAAAAGCAUAAGCCAAACAUCCUGUUCAAACUGUAGAAUAACCAGAUAUACCCAUCAAUAUAAAGACUUCAUCUAGAUGAUGCCCCCUAGAGAUGCCUUUAGUAUAGCUGGCUUGGGGUAUCAGCCAAUUUCAGAUAUAGUUAGAUAAACAGGUACAGGGUCUGCAUACUAUUAAGCCAUAGUUUGUGGCACCCACUUCUCUAACUCCACCUGUUAGAAACUGUGUGUUUGAAGGAGUGAAUCAGUGCAGUGUAAAUAAAAUGCUUUUGUAAGAUGAAGAUUAA